UUGCGGUCAUCUCUCACAGUUAAAAGUUCUCCGAACUGAUUUAACUGAUUUAAUUUGUGUUUUAUUUACCAUUGUGAUAAACGCGUGUGAAAAACUGAGACUUUCCAAUUACCCAAAAGCACAAACAAUAUGUGGGUGAAAGCGUGAUGUAAGGAAAACGUGAGGAAAAACGAGUUUUGAUUUGACUUCAAACCCGAUUGUGAAAGCGCAGCAAGAUUUGUCAACGCAAACAAGCAAGAAGAAGAGCGCAAAAAUAGCGUAAUAUUUGUUAAUAAUCACAGCAUCGCAAACAACAACAUUGCGGAAGCAGAAUUCGACUUAUCGUUUUGCCCGUUUCCGUCGGAGGGCUAAAAAUAAACCCACCCACGCUCCCUCGCACACACACACCCCCGCCCACAAUUCACCCACACCCACGCACAAUUUCGGGAAGGUGAACUUGUGUUGACUUUUCCAGCGCGCGGACUUUUUCGGAGGAAAAUGCAAAAAUGAGAGUUCGAGCAUCCAGCAGACGACAACUGGGAUUUUGCGAGCCGGAGGCGCCUUGAAUGAGAGUCCUUAGCCCGACAUGUCAGAUUUCGUGCCGCGCGACCUCCCCGACCUGUGGGAGGAGAUUCUCCGGCGCCACUGGAUGUUCCUUGAAACGGAGGAGAGCAUACAGAAGCUCGAAGAGCGCAAGCAGCUGGAGGGUUGUCUCAAGGAGUUCCUCUGUGUGGUGCAGCACGAUCGCAAGUUCUUCCUGCCGGAGACUGGGCAAGUCCUGCGGCGAUCGGUGCGCGAACUGCCCGACUUUUCGGCCCAGAACGCCAUCGUGGCCUUCGAAACCAUCAGCCAGUAUGCCAACAACCUCUUCACGAAGCCCUGGCGGAAGGAGUAUCGCACUCUCAAGACCUACUCGGGAUGCUUUCAACACGACAUUCAAUCCCGCCUGAUAGACGCCGAACAGCUCUUCGUGGCCAUGGGAUACCGCAGGGUUUCUGAGGACACCUUCGUACUCGAAGGACCCAUCUGUCCGGAUCAGGUGACAAAUGUGUCGCGCGAUGCCAUGGCUGCCUACGUGGAGUGCCAGAUCAUGAAGCACAUCUACGCGGGAGUCACGGCAGCAGGAUACAGCUGCAGCUGGAAGGACGUACUGCAGUUCCGCGAGCGAAUCGUGGGCAGCCCUUCGAGGACCAUCAAGGAGAUGGUCGGCCACCUGAGUGAGAAACGGAUGCGCAAGGAGCAGCCGCCAGUGCAGGAGAAUACGUACAGCAAUGUGGCGACAGUGGCGCCGACCAGCUGUGUCAUGCACGGGCAUAGCAUGGCCCAUCAUCCCAGCAGCUCCGCCAGCUGUGCCCUGCAUCCGAACGGCUUGAGCGAGGUGGGAAAGUACAUGCCGCCGUACCCAGCUCCUCCGCCGCAACAGCCUCACCUGCCCGGGCCGCUGAUGACGCACUCCCGCAGCCUGGAGCACUACCAGGAGCCGCACGCCCACCUGCCGCACCGCCACUCCUUUGACCAGCAGCUGCAGCAGCAGUGCCAGCUGCCCCACGUCUACGAGGCGCCCUACGACUGCCUCGACGGCUUGAGCCUGGGCAGCAGUGCAUCCUACGCGGCCGUCGCCGGGGCCUACAAUGCUCCGGGCAACCGCUACCCGCUCCCUUACAACAUCUCCAGCCAACUGAACGCGCCGUACGCCUCGCCAGCCGAACUUUACGGAAGCGGCGAGCCCGUCAACAUGUACGCCACGUUGGGAAAGACGGGUCCGGCCCACAGCUGCGACUUCCACCGGCGACAGACGGGCAGCUCCACAGCUGCCGCGGCCGCUCUGGCGGCCAUGCAGCACCGGCAGAGCACCUACCCUCCUGACCACCACCUCAUCGACUUUGAUGAACGGGCGCAGCUCACGCAGCACGACUUCGGGACGCACGACUACGAUCCCCAGUACGCCGAGCUAAGGACCCAGGUGCAGCCAAGCAUGCGGGGAAACCCGGCUGGCAUGUACGCCACCUAUGGGGGCUACGACCUGCCCACCACGCUGCCCCAGGCCCCGCCGCCAACGGCCCAAGACAUGUACAUCUACGCUAGGCCGGUGCCCAAGAGCAGCCGGAUGCGUGCCCUUGCCGAAGCGGGGGGCAUCAACUCGACUGACAAGCAUCCGCGAUCAGCGGAGAAGCCAAACCCCAUGGACAAUAAUCGCAAGAUGCACAAGGAAUUGAAGGAGCGCGCUAGUCGAACGGCGCCUGCGAAGAGGUCCGGCAACGAACGUGAUAUCCCCGCCACCAUUUCCGACUUGAACAGCUACGACUCGGCCAGUCUGGACGGCUUCGUGACCCUGGACAGCAGCUCGCCACCGCUCAUGCCCAAAGUGCAAGAGGGCGUCGGCAGUUUCGAGUCCUGGAACUAUGUGUUUAAAAAUCUCGAGCGCUCCGGCUACACCAAGGACUUGGGCGACCGCGAGGACCUGUUGGUGCAGAGCCUAGAUCUGGACUCGCUGGCCAUAACGAACGGCGGAGCCGCUCCUCCGGCGGAAAAGAGACGCGAGCCCGCAAAGCCGACGAACGGCGAGAAGGCACGCACACUGGAAAAGAAGACGACCGGCCCGAGUCGACGCGAGGUGAAGGUGGUCCAAGCCGCGGCGCCGAGUCCUCUGCCCAACAGCAGCAGCGCCGGCGUGAAGAAGGUCAAGUCCGCUCUGAAGACGGCCGUCGUGGACAACCGGGGAAGCGCAUCGCGGCAUCGCACGGGCACCGUGCCCAAACAGCCGCCGGCCGUGUCCCCGCAGCUGAUUGUAACCAGCCCGAACGAGUGGAGCUGCAGCUUCUGCACGUUCCUCAACCCGGACACAAAGCGCAUCUGCGAGAUGUGCUGCCGCAGCAAGGACUUCAACCUGGAGGCCGCCACGGCGGCGUCCUCGUCGGCAGCGGCUGCUGCAGCGGCGGCAACCAGCGUGUCGCACGCAUCUUCGACCUGCGUCUAGAAGGACGCACGCUCGCCGGCAGCCGGGAGCCGCGACCCUCGUUAGUGAUACAAAAAGUGUAGAGCUGGAUAUAUAUAUAUUUUUUAUACAACCAAUGUAAGCCUGUGCGCGUGUCUCCAAGAUCUAGUCUCGUAGUCGUCGUCCGAUGGCCGUCAACCCUUUGUUAUCCGGAUCCCUUCUCCCCGGGUCAGAGCGGAUCGCGCUGCGGAGGGAGGGAGGGAUUUGUCUGCAGCCUGUACAUAGAAGUAUUCUAAUUAGUUACCCCUACAUGUAAACACACGCUUUAAUUAGUUUUAGAUUGUUUCCCCAUUGUUAAGGGCGCUUCUGUUUCAAAUUACGUGCCUCCCUGUAUAAGUCAUCUAUAUAUACACAACACAUAUAGACAUUUAUAUAUUUGUACGUGUGCAUGCGACGCGAAAAGCGAAAAUCGCAAUGCGAAAUGCUAAAUGCGAGAGAGAGUGAUGUUUGAACUUGGACGUUUUCUAGGAAAUCAACUGAUAAUUAUAUACCUUAUACUAAUAGUUGCAUUCACAAUACGUAUUUCCGAUAGUAAAUCAGAGUAAAUAGAAGUUCUUGGCGAACCCAAGCGUAUAUACCGAACUUUGCAUAGAUAAUACACCUAUAGCCGUAACUUAAGCGAUUUCAAUUCGAAGAACCGAGCUAAGCAUAACGCGAAACAUAAUAAAUCGAACAGGACUGGUACGGGUUGUAAA